UUAUUUAUUUUUAAUUUUCUUGUCUUGACACCAAAAAAUCCUCCAUUCUUCUCUCUCUAAUUUCAUGCUCUCCAUAUCAUAACACUGUGUAUAUAUAUACAUAUAUUUAUUUAUACAUCUCUGUCUAAUUUUCCGUCUGUUACUCUCAAUAUAUAAAACCACUACUUUUAUAAACAAAAAAAAUGCCCUCACCAUCAUCACAUGCUUAAAUUCUUCAACUUCCCCCCAUCGUUUUCUUCUUCCCUGAUUUCUUUUUCGCUGUGCUUUUUGAGAAAAAUCUAAGUUUUUUUUGGUCGUGUGAUGGGCUGGAGUGGCAGUCUUUCUCGUGCUUCUUGUUGGGUUGAGGAGUUUUGAGGUCCGGUAAAGAUCGAUGGAGUUCGGCGGCGGCGGUGGCGGCGGCGGCGCUGGUGGCUCCAGUGCCAGCGGCAGCGGCAGCGGCGACCACCAUGAUCCCUCCGAUCGUAACCGGAACAAGAAACGUUACCACCGUCACACCGCUAACCAAAUUCAAAGACUUGAAUCAAUUUUCAAAGAGUGUCCACAUCCAGACGAGAAGACGAGGCUGCAGUUAAGUAGAGAGUUGAGUUUGGCCCCUCGCCAGAUCAAGUUUUGGUUCCAAAAUAGGAGAACUCAAAUGAAGGCACAACAUGAACGGGCAGAUAAUUGCGCUCUCCGGGCAGAAAACGACAAAAUCAGGUGCGAAAAUAUUGCAAUCAGAGAGGCUCUCAAGAAUGUCAUCUGCCCGUCGUGCGGCGGCCCGCCGCUCCGGGAAGAUUCUUACUUCGACGAGCAUAAACUCCGAAUGGAAAACAUGGCGUUAAAAGAAGAGCUUGAUAAAGUUUCAAGUAUAGCUGCUAAGUAUAUAGGGAGGCCCAUUUCACAGCUUCCACCAGUUCAACCUAUCCAUCUAUCUUCACUAGACCUGUCCAUGUCUAGCUACGGUGGCCAUGGAAUUCCCGGCGGCCCAUCCCUUGACCUGGACCUCUUGCCGGGGAGUUCCGGCGCGGCGGCGAUGCCGGGGUUUCCGUUCCCGGCGUUGAGUCUGUCGGAUAUGGACCGGUCCCUGAUGGCGGAUAUUGCGGGGAACGCCAUGGAAGAGCUGAUUAGGCUGUUGCAGGGGAAUGAAUCUGUUUGGACCAAAUCGUUGGACGGGCGAGACUUGCUUAACCUCGAAAGCUACGAAAGGGUUUUCCCCCGCGCUAGUAAUCAUAUGAAGAACCCCAACAUGCGGAUCGAGGCGUCGCGUGAUUCCGGUGUUGUUAUUAUGAAUGCUCUUGCGUUGGUCGACAUGUUCAUGGACGCGAAUAAAUGGGUGGAAAUGUUUCCUACGAUUGUUUCCAAGGCAUCCACGCUCGAAGUUAUAUCAUCCGGUGUAUUGGGCAGCCGAAGUGGGACAUUACAAUUGAUGUAUGAAGAGCUGCAAGUGCUAUCUCCAUUGGUUCCGACAAGACAAUUUUACUUCUUAAGGUUUUGUCAGCAAAUUGAGCAAGGGUCAUGGGCAAUUGUUGAUGUUUCUUAUGAUGUUCCUCAAGAUAAUUAUCAAUCUCCUUCUUCUUGCAAAGUUCAUAGGCUCCCUUCCGGGUGUUUGAUUCAAGACAUGCCCAAUGGAUAUUCCAAUGUUACAUGGGUGGAGCAUGUGGAGGUGGAAGACAAGGUUAUACUACAUAAGCUGUAUAGAGAUGUUAUCCAAAGUGGAAUUGCUUUUGGGGCUGAAAGGUGGCUCACUGUGCUUCAAAGAAUGUGUGAGAGAUUUGUUUGUUUAAUGGUUAGUGGCUCUUCUAGUCGUGACCUUGGAGGAGUGAUUCCAUCAGCAGAAGGGAAGAGGAGCAUGAUGAAGCUAGCGCAAAGAAUGGUAAACAACUUCUGUGGGAGUGUGAACCCAUCCAACGGUCACCAUUGGACGACGCUGUCGGGGGCCAACGAGUUCGAGGUACGCGCCACCUUACAGAAGAGCACCGACCCCGGCCAGCCCAACGGCGUCGUCAUCAGCGCCGCCACCACCAUUUGGCUCCCAAUUUCUCCCCAGCUUGUCUUCAAUUUCUUCAGGGAUGAGAGGACUCGACCACAGUGGGAUGUUCUUUCCAAUCAAAAUCCUGUCCAAGAAGUAGCUCAUAUUGCAAAUGGCUCUCAUCCAGGGAAUUGUAUCUCUGUUCUCAGGGCUUACAAUACAAGCCAGAACAACAUGCUAAUACUUCAAGAAAGCUGCAUAGAUUCCUCAGGCUGCCUAGUGGUGUACAGUCCGGUGGACUUGCCGGCGAUCAACAUGGCGAUGAGCGGCGAGGACCCCACCUACAUCCCGCUCCUCCCGUCGGGGUUCACUAUCUCGCCGGACGGCCGGUCGGACCGAGGUAAUAGUACUAAGAUAAAUAUUGACCAGGCAUCAUCAAGUACAAGCAAUCCAGCUAGCAGUACAUCUACAUCAGCAGCAGGUGGUGGGGAAGGCGGGUCCCUCAUCACCGUCGUGUUUCAGAUUCUGGUGAGUAGCUUGCCGUCGGCGAAAAUGAGCCCGGAAUCCGUCGCCACAGUGAACAGCCUUAUCGGAAACACCGUCCACCAGAUUAAAUCCGCCUUGAACUGCUCCGCCGUCCCCACCUCCGCUUCUUGAAUUCCCACCAUUCAAAAAUCAAAACCCUAAAAAAAAAAUAGUUUCUUUAUCAUUAAAACCAUUCGUUUCUUUGUUUCAAACCCAAUUUUACUCCCUUUACUGCUUGCUGGGGCAUCCAUCUCAGUCAGUAUGAAUCAUUAAACCUUAUCUGAUACCUCCAACAACCCACCUUCAAUUCAAGAGAAAAUUGUACUGUUACCACGCCUCUAACAUUAUGUCAUCAGCCCCACUGUUCCUCGGGAUUGAUGACCCAAUGUUAGAUCGCGUCGUAAUAGUGGAAUUCACUAAACCCGAACCCGAGCCAAAGCCUGAACCAAAGCAUGAGCAAAGCCAUCUUUAAAUAUGGUACAGUUGAGAAGGAGAAUUGAAGUUUACAUUGCUCUUGAAUUGAAUGAGGCAAAGAGAGUUAAUUUUGGGUUAGUUGGGAAGUAUGAAUGCUAGCUAGCUAUGCUCCAUGAAUGAAGAGCCAGAAGCCUGCCUCUCUCACUCAAUGCCAUUUAUGCUUGCUUUUUUUCUUUUUAUUUUUUUUUCUUUGGAAGCAAAUUUUUCUUGGGAAAUUCAAUUUUAGUUUUAUUUUUAUAAUUUUUGGUGUGGGUUUAUCUUGAACAUUGAUUUGAGCUUAAAGAUGGAGUCAAGAACGCACCAUACAUGUCCAGGGUUUCUUGCUUAUUGUAUGGUUCGGGUAUUGACUUCUCUUAAUGAAUUGAAGUUUGUUCUAUUUAAUGACA